AUGGGACAAACUAUCACCACCCCCAAAAGUUUAACUUUGCAGCACUUCAAGGAAGUCCGUGACAUAGCCCACAAUCUCUCAGUGGAAGUGCGGAAAGGAAAGUGGGACAUCUUCUGCUCAUCUGAAUGGCCCACCUUUGACGUGGGCUGGCCACGAGAUGGCACCUUUAACCUAGAUAUUAUUUUGCAGGUGAAGGCCAAAGUCAUGAAUCCUGGGCCCCAUGGGCAUCCAGACCAAGUCCCUUAUAUCAUCACGUGGGAAUCUCUGGUCAAGGACCCCCCACCGUGGGUGAAGCCCUUCUUGCCUCCCCCUUGCCCAAAACCCACUCAUUCUGCCCCCCCUCUCCCGCCUCCAUUAGUUCCUACCCCAGUUAACUCCACCCUUUACCCAGUCCUUAUGAAACCUACUCCAGAAAAGGACCCUAGCCACAAGAAGACACCCCCGGAACCAGGGGAGGCAACCGCCAGAGGGGGACCCCAGGGAGAGCCCCCCUCGUCCCCGGUGGCGGGACGCUUAAGGGGAAGACGAGAAGUCACUCCCGACUCCACAUCCCAGGCCCUACCGCUACGGAUGGGGCCUGACAGCCAGCUCCAAUAUUGGCCCUUUUCUGCGUCUGAUUUAUAUAAUUGGAAAAAUAAUAACCCUGCUUUUUCGAAGGAUCCCUCUAGGCUCACUGCAUUGAUCGAGUCUAUUUUAGUGACUCACCAGCCCACCUGGGAUGAUUGCCAACAGCUGCUCCAGACGCUGCUGACCACUGAGGAAAAGCAGCGGGUUGUCAUAGAGGCACGUAAAAAUGUUCCAGGAGACGAUGGACAACCCACCCAGCUGCCACACAGAAUAGAUGCGGCUUUUCCCUUGGAGCGACCGGAUUGGGACUUCUCCACUGAGCGCGGUAGGGAACGCCUACGUCAAUAUCGCCAGUUGCUCAUGGCGGGUCUCCGUGGGGCCGCAAAGCGCCCAACUAAUUUGGCCCAGGUUAAAUUAGUGACUCAAAAGUCUGAAGAAUCUCCCUCUGCCUUCCUAGAACGCCUCAAGGAGGCAUAUCGUGUGUAUACUCCCUACGAUCCAGAUAGUCCGGAUCAGGCAACUAACUUAGCCAUGUCUUUCAUUUGGCAGUCAGCCCCAGAUAUUAGACGGAAGUUAGAAAGACUUGACAAUUUAAGAGAGAAUAAAGUGCAGGAUUUGCUGAAGGAGGCAGAGCGGAUUUAUAACAAGAGAGAGACACAGGAAGAAAGGGACGAAAGGCUGAAGAGAGAGGCAGAAGAAAGGGAGAAUGUCAGGGAGCGGAAGAGAAAUAAAGAGUUUAGCAGGUUGUUGGCCACUGUAGUGACAGAACAAAGGCAGAGUAGACAGGACCUGGGAGGCCGUAGGGGUCCCCGACUGGACAAGGAUCAAUGCGCCUACUGCAAGGAAAGAGGGCAUUGGGCCCGAGACUGUUCCAAGAAGCCAAAGGGCCACCAAAAGGGACCUCAAAGACCCAAGCCUCAGACCAAUUUGCUCAAUCUGGAAGACUAGGGGUGUCGGGGUCAGGAGCCUCCCCCUGAACCCAGGAUAACUCUUAAUGUGGGGGGGCAGCCUGUCACCUUCCUGGUGGACACCGGAGCCCAACAUUCGGUACUCACCACCUCACCGGGACCCCUAACUGACAAAUCAGCAUGGGUUCAAGGAGCAACCGGAGGAAAGAGGCCGUACCGUUGGACUACCGAGAGGAAGGUACAACUCGCCACCGGUAAGGUAACUCACUCCUUUUUGCAUGUCCCUGAUUGUCCCUACCCCCUGCUGGGGAGAGACCUACUUAUGAAACUUAGGGCACAAAUCCACUUUGAGGGGACUAAAGCCCAUAUUACCGGGCCGCAGGGACAGCCCUUGCAUGUGCUAACCAUGCACUUACAAGAUGAGUACCGGCUCCACGAGCCUGAGAAACCUGAGUCGCAGGAUGUGACUAGUUGGCUAGAGAAAUUUCCCCUGGCUUGGGCGGAGACUGGAGGAAUGGGUCUCGCCAUUCACCAACCGCCCUUGGUGAUUGCUCUAAAGGCAUCUGCGACUCCUGUCUCUAUCAAACAAUAUCCAAUGUCACAUGAGGCCUACCAGGGAAUCAGACCCCACAUUCAGAGACUUUUAGAUCAGGGCAUAUUGGUACCGUGCCAAUCUCCUUGGAAUACGCCUCUCCUUCCAGUCAAAAAGCCAGGAACAGGAGAUUAUCGCCCAGUACAGGACUUAAGGGAAGUCAACAAAAGAGUGGAGGACAUACACCCCACAGUCCCCAACCCAUACAAUCUGUUGACUGGGCUUCCCCCGAGAUAUGUUUGGUAUACAGUCCUGGACCUCAAGGAUGCUUUCUUCUGUUUGAGGCUCCACCCAAAGAGCCAAUCUCUUUUUGCCUUUGAGUGGAAGGAUCCAGAGCUGGGAAUAUCGGGCCAGCUUACUUGGACAAGAUUACCACAGGGGUUCAAAAACAGCCCCACCCUUUUCGAUGAAGCUCUACACCGGGACUUGGCUGACUUCAGGGUCCAUCACCCUACCCUAAUUUUACUCCAGUAUGUGGAUGACCUCCUCCUGGCUGCAGAAACUGAGAAAGAAUGUAAGGAGGGAACAGAGGCCCUUUUGAGAACUUUAGAAAUUCUAGGAUACAGGGCCUCAGCCAAAAAGGCCCAGAUUUGCCAAAGACAAGUUACUUAUUUGGGAUACCAGAUCAAAAAUGGGCAAAGGUGGCUGACCGAGGCACGGAAACAGACAAUUUUGGGAAUUCCAGAACCCAAAAAUCCGAGGCAGUUAAGAGAGUUCCUAGGUACGGCGGGGUUUUGCCGCCUCUGGAUCCCGGGGUUUGCAGAGAUGGCCGCACCACUCUACCCCCUUACCAAACAAGGGACUCUCUUCACUUGGGGGGAUGAACAACAGAGGGCCUACGCAUCAAUAAAAGAGGCCCUGCUAACUUCCCCUGCAUUAGGAUUGCCGGAUUUAAACAAGCCCUUUGAGUUGUUCGUGGACGAGAGACAAGGGUAAGCUAGAGGAGUCCUAACUCAAAAACUUGGACCUUGGAGGCGUCCGGUUGCCUACCUGUCUAAGAAACUCGACCCAGUGGCCUCAGGUUGGCCCCCUUGCCUACGGAUGGUGGCUGCGAUCGCCCUCUUGCUCAAGGACUCUGGCAAACUGACUAUGGGGCAGCCAGUAACUAUCCUGGCUCCACAUGCGGUUGAGGCCCUGGUAAAACAACCUCCGGGCCAAUGGCUCUCUAAUGCCCGCAUGACUCAUUACCAGGCUCUGUUACUAGACACUGAGAGAGUGCAAUUUGGUCCUGUGGUAGCCCUCAACCCAGCAACGCUGCUUCCCCUACCAGAAGGUCCAGAAGUUCAUGAUUGUCUCCAGAUACUUACAGAGGUACAUGGCACCCGACCUGACCUAACUGACCAACCCCUUUUGGAGGCCGACUUCACCUGGUUCACCGACGGGAGCAGUUUCCUGGACAACGGAGAGCGGAGAGCAGGGGCUGCGGUCACCACCGAAACUGAGGUAAUUUGGGCCAAGGCCCUACCACCUGGAACCUCAGCGCAACGGGCCGAACUCAUCGCCCUGACCCAAGCCCUCCGAAUGGCGGAAGGUAAGAAGCUAAAUGUCUAUACAGACAGCCGUUAUGCCUUUGCUACUGCUCAUAUCCAUGGAGAAAUAUAUCGAAGAAGGGGACUGCUUACCUCCGAAGGGAAAGAGAUUAAAAAUAAGACGGAGAUAUUGGCCUUGUUAGAGGCUUUGUUCUUACCCUCGAGGCUGAGCAUUAUUCAUUGCCCAGGUCACCAAAAGGGGGACAGCUUGGAAGCCAGGGGCAACCGCUUGGCGGACAUGACAGCCAGGGAAGUAGCGAUGCAAGGAAAUUCAGAGGCUCCCCGCCUCAUGGCCAUAGAUCUGGCCAUGGCAGAGGCCCACUCCGUCCAAAAACCCUCCUUCCAUUUCCAUUAUACUGAGGAGGACCAAAACCUCCUCAAAGGAAUGGGGGCCGCAUACAACCCCACAACAAGACUCUGGACUUUCAACGAGCGACCUGUGUGGCCCCUACAACAGACCCGGGACCUGAUCAAGUACCUCCAUCAACUGACCCAUCUUAGCUCCAAAAAGAUGAAAACCCUUCUGGACAGAGAGGAAAACGCCCACUAUCUGCUAGGUAAAGAUAAAAUCCUACAAGAAGUAGCUGAAGAAUGCACGGCAUGUGCCCGAGUCAAUGCAAGCCGCAACAAGAUCGGUGCGGGGGUCAGGGUCCGAGGACACCGCCCUGGCACUCAUUGGGAGAUAGACUUCACCGAGGUGAAACCUGGACUCUAUGGGUACCGGUACUUACUGGUAUUUAUAGACACUUUUUCUGGGUGGGCAGAAGCCUACCCUACUAAACAUGAGACUGCCAGAGUUGUCACCAAGAAACUUUUAGAAGAAAUCUUCCCUAGGUAUGGAAUGCCGCAAGUACUGGGCUCUGACAACGGGCCUGCCUUCGUCUCCCAGGUAAGUCAGUCAGUGGCCACAUUGUUGGGGAUUGAUUGGAAAUUACAUUGUGCAUACCGCCCCCAGAGCUCAGGGCAGGUAGAACGUAUGAAUAGAACUAUUAAGGAGACUUUAACCAAAUUAACGCUUGCAACUGGCGCUAAGGACUGGGUAUCCCUCCUUCCCCUAGCGUUGUAUAGGGCUCGAAACACUCCGGGCCCCCAUGGGCUCACUCCUUUUGAGAUCUUGUAUGGCGCCCCGCCACCAGCUGUCCAUUUCUUUGACUCUAGAAUAGCCUCCUUUGCUGAUACCCCCUCUCUUCAAGCUCAUUUGCAGGCUCUACAGCUUGUGCAACGGGAGGUUUGGAAGCCUCUGGCGGCCGCGUAUCGAGAGCAGCUAAGUCAACCUGCGGUCCCGCACAAAUUCCAGAUUGGAGACGUGGUUUGGGUACGGCGACACCAGACAAGGAACCUGGAACCACGCUGGAAAGGACCUUACACUGUUCUGCUGACGACACCCACAGCUCUGAAAGUAGACGGCAUCUCCGCCUGGGUCCACGCCUCCCACGUCAAGGCCGCCACCCCUGAGCAGCCGCCUGACGCCUCGGACUCGGGAACCCGAUGGAAACUCCACCGCACUCAAAAUCCUCUCAAGAUAAGACUGACUCGGGGGGGGGGAACCCUAAUAGUCUUGCUUCUUACCCUGAGUAUUACAACAACCCAGGCCUCUUCCCCGCACCAGAUUUUUAACUAUACCUGGAUUAUCGAAAAUCAAGCUGGGAACAUUGUUAACACCAGUUCCCAGGUUGGAGCCCAACCCCACUGGCCCAGUCUGGAGGUAGAUCUCUGUGCUCUUGCUCUAGGGGCCAGCCCCGACUGGGGAACCCCCGAGGUCGUGUACACUCCGGGGUCAAGCGCCCCCCAGCUAGAGGGCCGUCGCCCCAUAGUUCCGGGCUGUCACAACGGGAUUGAGAGAGCAGACCUACAUGGUCAGGCAGGGAUCUAUGUCUGUCCGGGAAGUCAUAGGAACAAAAACCUCAACUACAAAUGGAAAGAAAGCGCCCUGGACAACUAG